GACUCGUUUCUAACCCACUUGGAAAACGAGCCCUUCAUCAUCCCAUUUUUGAAAGCAUCGAUCUUGUAUAAGUUAUGAAGAUUUCAUCCGGUACUAGAUCCAAACUCAAGCAAAUAGAAUCAAUAUCUCUGUUCUUAGAUCUGCCCGAAGAGGUUCAUGAUGAGAUCUUUCUGAAGUUGCCCGCAAAAUCCAUCCUGGUAUCCAGGUGUGUAUGUAAGCUUUUCUAUAAUCUACUUUCUAAACCUAAUUUUAUCAAAAACCAUCUUAAUCUCACUGUUCAAACUAAAAUUAACAACCCCAAACUUUUGUUUAGUCAUUACUCGCGAGGUAAGCACCCUACGAUUUACUCAAUUCCCAUAGAUUAUGCUUCAAUUUCAUCAUCAUCAUCAGUGACAUCCUCUUUAUUAUGUGAAUGUGAUGGAGCUGUUCUGAUAAAUUACCCAUUUGAAUCCAAGGAAAUGAAUUAUCUUGAAUUUCUGGGUUCACUUAAUGGUCUGAUUUGCUCUAGGAUUUCUAAAACUGAUAGAGUUGCUUAUGAAAAGGGAUAUUUUCUGGAGACGGAUUAUUUUAGUAUUUUGAACCCAUUAACAAGAGAAUUUAAGGAAUUUACAAAGCCUGAGUAUAGUUACGAUGCUGUCUAUGGAUUUGGAUAUGAUAGUAACAUUGAUGAUUAUAAGCUGGUAGUGAUAUCGGAUUAUGUAAAAACUCAUUGCUUCAAAGUCGAUGUUUAUACGGUGAAAUUGGAUUCAUGGAGUAGUAUUCAGGGCACAAGGAAUUACUCGUUUGGUAACGGUGGUAAAGAAUCUCAUGGUGUGUUUUUCAAUGGUUGUCUUCAUUGGUUGGGAAGUAUUGCCACCGGAGAAACCUCGUCGGAAGUUAUUGUCUCUUUUGAUGUUAGCAGUGAGUCAAUGGUGGAUAUGCCGGUACCUGAAAAUAUUAUGCCACCCAGAGAUUAUCGGGGGGAAAUGUAUGCAAAUGUGGGAGUGUGGGGAGACUGCAUUGGUAUAACUUUUAUUUGGAGAAUUGAGAGAAUCGAUGUGUGGGUAAUGCAGGAGUAUGGAGUAAAAGAAUCUUGGAUCAAAAAAUAUACCACAACCACAACUCGACUACCAAGGCCCUUAUAUCCAUAUUGGAAGCCGCUAUGGUGUUUUGAUAAUGGGGAAAUUCUAGUAGAUAAUUCUCCCAAACAUUUAUUUUUAUGUGAUCCAGCAAAGGGAAGAGUAAAAUCAGUCGUUGUCCGCGAUAUUACCAAGGCCAAUAACCGAGAAAGUUAUGUGGAGAGCAUAGUCUCACUUAACUCUGGUACUUAUCUGGAGAAACGGGUUACACAGGGGAUUGAGUGAUAACUUCAGAUGAACAACCUGAUAGCCUUGUCUGAGAAGACUCUACGAUCUCGUUGUUUAUAAAAGUGAAUCCCUGUAACUUUAGACUGACCUUUAUGGAAGAGUCUUGUUAGAGAAAUGAUCCAUGAAAGUUUCUGCGAAUGAAGAAGUUUACAGUAUUAUUGGAGUUUCAAAAUGCUAAUGAGUGAAAGCUACAAAAUUGCCUGAUCAGCUGAUAGUGGGAUUGUACAUAAGUCUGGAUUGUGCAAAUGAUACUGCAGUUGGUUCAGGUUCAUUUUAGGCACCUCUGCCAUGGUGGAGGGCUGAAAGUUGUUGGGCCUUAAAAUCAGAGUACAAUCAGUAGUAGUACAUGAAGUUAAUUUCUGUACUGUACCUGCUACCUAAUGAGUUGUGCCAUUAAGUUGUAUCUGUAAUGACUUAUUGGCACAACUUCCAAUUGGGAAAUUCUGUCUUAAAUUUUUGGCAUGGACCAAAAUCUACUACUAUUUUUUCUUCUUUUUUAUGGUUCAAAAGAAAUUUCUCAUUUAAUAAUCGGAACAAUUCAAAUGAAAUGUUCCAAAGCAAAGCAGUUCAUUCAUUGUACGGAAAGCAACAAAAUCUUAAUGAAGGAGUCUUGGUUAGUUUGAUUUUCA